AUGCGCUUCCGAUUUGAAAAUCAGAAGACCACCCUACCGGUGGAUCAGCGUCGCGAAGGAUCCUGGCCUUUGCCGGCGACUUUCGUGGACGCUAGCGACUCGGCGGACGCCGUGACCUGCAUAAUGUGGGACGGCGAGUCCGUCUGCGGGCUCGACGUGGGGCGCGAUCCGGGCCGCAGGACCCAGACCGCCGCGCAGCCCGGCGCCGUGCUCGCGCUGGGCGCCGGCUUCGCAGCGGCCUGGCGGCCCGUGCGCGCGGGCGACGCGCUGCCCGAGGGGGCGGUGCGCGUCGGCAAGGAGAUGCUUCCGCUGGGGGCUUGUGUGUUGCACGAGCUGGCCAGCGAGGGGAGAUGUGCACCCUUUCCCCUUCCACCAACGGCGGGAAGGUGA